GCUACCUUCAACUGGCGAAGCUGGGCGCGACAGUAACAAAGAGAAGUUGUGUGGUCAGAGACCUGGUUGACAAUCACAUAACAAGAAAAAGGGAAUUUUCAUGCAGGCUUCAUCAGACAUAGCCCACACCUCUGCGCAUAGUAUCAUCCCCAUCCGCAUGACAAAAUAUUUCUCUCUACGCGUUGUAUGUCGGUCGCGACUGCGGCGCAUGAAAGUGAAAUAAGAGCAGGCCCCAACCGUCAAUCGCCAACCGUCAACUUAAUUGGAAGUCGACAUGGCCUACGACGGUUCCACUGACAGAGGCUUCGCCUUCGGUGAAAGAGGGGGUGCUGCUGGCGGUGGAUAUGAUGGUCCUCCCCCGCCGAGAGCCAGAGGCAGACGACCGGUUACCGAUUAUGGAGCUACCAUCGUCCACUGGAUGCGGCACCGACAGCCGCGAUAUAAAGGAGCUUUUCUCGGGGAGACCGAGAGACCGAGCAUCAGCUACAUUGUUGAUAUGUUACCUCCCUACGCCAGGGUGACAAGCCCGGCCGACUCGGUGCCCUCCCGCCACUUGCACUCAUCACUUAACAAAAUCAAGCAUCCUAUUAACGUCGUACGAUGGACGCCCGAAGGCCGCAGGCUGUUGACAGCUUCGAGCAGUGGAGAGUUUACCCUCUGGAACGGUACCGGCUUCAACUUCGAGACCAUCAUGCAGGCGCACGACUCUGCCAUCCGUGCUUUAGCAUACUCGCACAGCGACGACUGGUUGGUGUCUGCUGACCACGACGGCAUCAUCAAGUAUUGGCAGCCAAACUUUAACAACGUCGAGAGCAUCCGUGGCCACCAGGACCCAAUUAGGGACCUAGCAUUUAGCCCCACCGACGCCAAAUUCAUCACAGCAUCAGACGACUCGACACUAAGAAUAUUCGACUUUGCUGCUGGCGCUGCCGAGUCAACGCUGACCGGCCAUGGCUGGGACGCAAAGAGCUGCGAUUGGCAUCCGACAAAGGGGCUCGUCGUCUCGGGGUCGAAAGAUCAUCUGGUCAAGCUCUGGGACCCUAGGACAGGGCGCUGUUUGACGACCCUCCAUGGCCACAAGAACACCAUCACCAAAACACUAUUUGAGCGGGUACGGGGCCAGUGCUUGGCAACCUCUGCUCGCGAUCAGACAGCUAGGGUAUUUGAUCUCCGCAUGAUGCGCGACAUUUGCCUGCUGAGAGGUCACGAGAAAGACAUAUCGACAAUAGCCUGGCAUCCGGUCCAUUCUAACCUCCUUAGUACCGGUGGCUCUGAGGGCUCGCUCUUUCACUACCUCCUGGAUGAGCCUAAUACCCCGCCAGGACACACCACAUCCGUCGCCCCUUACGACACGGCCGAUCCGGCCUCACCCCCCGCCCAAACCAUCUACCCAGCACAUAAAGUGCCCUAUGCCCACGAUUUUGCCAUAUGGUCCCUCGACUGGCAUCCUCUGGGUCAUAUUCUCGCAUCCGGGUCCAACGACCGUAUCACGCGCUUCUGGGCGCGCGCCAGGCCGGGUGAGGCGGAUUCGUUCAAUGACCGCUAUCACAUCGGCGAAGCCGCGGCUGAAGCCCAGGGCACCUGGGACCGGCGCGGCCAUCGGCACAUGCGGCAGGCCGAGGAGGAGCAGGAGGCCGAAGACGAGAUGGACGGCCUGGUAGACCAGAAGAUGCCCAUCCGGCAGCCGCAAUCCGGAUUUCCGGGCAUCCCCGGCCUACCUCUUCAACAGCCCGGCGGUCUUCCCGGUCUUAUUCCGCCACCUCCGCCCGUAAUUCCAGGCGUUGGAGCUGGCACCGCUGCCCCGCCCCCCCUGCCUUUCCCCCUGCCCAGCCUGCCCGGUGUAGACCCCAAGAAUCCGCCGGACUAUGCGGCCAUCGCCGAAAUGAUGAAGAAGCAUGGCAUUCCGCCUCCACCGCCUCCACCAGGGAUGUUGCCUCCUGGGUUGAUUCCCCCGCCCAACCCCAACCUUCCCUUGCCACCCGGAUUCCCACCGCCACCGCCGCACAUGAUUGCUGCCGUCGCGGCAGCCGCCGGGAAAGGGCCCGCGGACAAUGGCGCCGAUCAACACGAUGCCGGAGGUAGGAGGCGCGCCCCGCUGCCCAGCCAGGAGGAGAGCUUGCGCAUGGAGCAGAGUAAGGGGAAUUAUACCCGCAUAAGAUAACAUAUAGUUGGAAUCUAGAAAGGCAGCGGCUUACCUUGGAGUCGAGGACCACGGUAUUCAAAUGUGGAGGGUUGGCCGGUUGGUCGGGGCAAGAAGAGAUGGAUGAGGGAAGAUGACGGGUUCUGGCGGAGAAUAGUGUACAGUAACAUUCGGCAAGAUCUAAGUCAUGCAGGGGAUACUUUGGAAAGGAAAAACGGCGUGCAAAAAUGCGAAAAGGCAUUCCGACUGGACGCCGGAUCUGAGGCUUGUCCAACACCGACCGCAGAUCAGCCUGUCGGUGUGGGAAAGAAUAAUGCCAGCCAGGGGUAACCUGACCAUAGACACGGCGGAUAUGCAAUUGCAGGCUGGUUCUAGGCAAUGUAGUGCCUUGUACAUUUAUCUGGUGCUAUGCUACAUGAAUCUGCUAUACAAGAUAUGGU